AUGGAGACUUACGUUGAUGCGAUUGGUGCUGGUGACACGGCAGGUACAACGACGGUGAAGAAGACGAAGUUAAAGGUUAUGGUUGCGAUUGACGAAAGCAAGAACAGCUUCUAUGCGUUGGAAUGGGCAGUUGAACAUCUCAGAGAUGUUAUUAGUGCUGAACCGGAAACCGAUCAAGAAGGCGGUUUGCUUACGUUGGUUCAUGUUCAUCCGACGUACCUUCAAUACAUCUACCCUUCUGGUGGAACAGAUUCAGUUCCUGAAUCAAUGAGAAAAGCGAGAGAAGAGAACACGAACAAGUUGUUCACACGGGCAUUGGAGAUAUGCCGAGGCAAAAUGGUGAAGACGGAAACGAAGAUACUUGAAGGAGAUGCUAAGGAGAUGAUAUGCCAAGCGGUCGAGCAAACUGACGUGGACCUUCUUGUUGUUGGUAGCCGUGGAUUCGGCAUGAUCAAAAGGGCGUUUUUAGGGAGUGUGAGUGAUUACUGUGCCCAACAUGCGAAAUGUCCGAUUCUCAUUGUGCGACCACCCAGAGAAACCUCGACUAGUAAGCAGUAA